GUGAACACCAUUUGUGGUAUCUAUGUAUUUAUUAACUGGAGCUGUGAGGUGAAGCUGUGCAGACUGACCUCAGGGGUUUUGGGGAAGAUCAACCAUUAAAGGUGGUGUCUAUUGUCAACUGGGAGAGAGAACAUGGAUCAGGAUCUCCAACCAGGUUGCUCAAGAAAAGUCACACCUCUACAAUAAAGUGAAAUGCAACAGCUGUUUUGAUUAUGGCCUCUACCAUUGGCCUCCUCCCUGAGAAGCACUUCUUGUGCCCUCUGUGUAAAGACAUCUUCAGCAGCCCUGUUACCACACCAUGUGGACACAGCUUCUGUCUGGCCUGUCUCAGUAAUUACUGGUCACGACAUCAGUCCAGAUACUGCCCCCACUGUAAGAGAGUGUUUGCUGACAGACCCGACCUCAGUAUCAACCGCAUUCUGGCAGACGUCUCAGACAACUUCAAGAAGACUCGACCAGAGAAACCACCUGAAGAGGAAACGGUCGUAGACAUUGAGAAAAUGAUUCAAGAAAGGCAACAGAAGAUAGAGCGGUUAAAAUAUUCCCUCCAGCUCCAAAAGAAUUCUUACCUUAGAGAAGUGAGAGAGAGCCAGAAGGUUUUCUCUGCUCUUGUUAAUGCAAUGGAGAAGAGUCACAAAGCAGUGGUUUCAGCAAUAGAGGGGAAGCAGAAAGAGGAGGAGAGGAGAGUGGAGACACUGGUGGAGGAGCUGAAGCAGGAGAUCCAGGAGCUGAGGAAGGAGACCCCUGAAUCUGACCCUCAGAUUCCUGCAAACAGUGACCAAAGUGAAGACAUAAAGAAAGUUACUGUGAGCAUUGUAUCCAACCUGUGCCCAUCUGAGAUGAAGGACUGGUCCAAGGUCACAAUAGAAACUGAUCCUUGUGUUGGGGUCACCAGGCGAGCUCUGGCAGAAGUGAUGGAGAUGAUAAAAGCAGAAGUCAACCGACUCUCCAAAUCUGAGCUUAAAAGAAUAGAGAAAUACACAGUGGAUGUCAACCUGAGUGCAAAGACAGCCCAUCCCUCCCUCUCCGUCUCAGAUGACAGAAAACAGGUGAGACAAACAGACAAGCUUCAGGAAGUAUCCGAUCACCCCAAGCGGUUUGACCGUGUUGCGAACAUUCUGGCCAAAGAAAGCUUCAGCAGUGGGAGGUGCUACUGGGAGGUGGAGGUCGGAGAGAAGAUCGAGUGGAACCUGGGUGUGGUCAGACAGUCCAUAAACAGGAAAGGCAAGUUCACUGUCUGCCCUGCAAACGGUUUCUGGACUUUAAGUUUGAAGCCUGGAGGACAGUACAUCGCCAACACCUCUCCUGUCACAUCCCUGGCUCUGGAGCAGAGACCUAAGACAGUGGGCGUGUUUGUGGACUACACUGAGGGCCGUGUGUCCUUCUUCUGUGCAGAAGCUGGAGUCCACAUUUACACCUUUACAGAUACAUUUACUGACAGGCUUCAUCCCUUCCUCUGUCCUGGUCGCCUGCAUGGAAGCAAAAACGCUGCACCAUUGACCAUCUGUUCAAGUUUCUGCAGCAUCUAAACGCCAUACAUUUU